AUGGCAUGGGAGAAUCAGACCUUUAACUCCGACUUCAUAUUGCUGGGAAUCUUUGAUCACAGACCAACCCAUAUCUUCCUCUUCUCUCUGGUCUUGGGCAUCUCUGCAGUGGCCUUCAUGGGAAACACUAUCAUGGUUCUCCUUAUCUACCUGGACACCCAACUCCACACCCCUAUGUACUUCUUCCUCAGCCAACUCUCCCUUAUGGACCUCAUGCUCAUCUCUACCACUGUCCCCAAGAUGGCCUUCAACUACUUGUCUGGUAGCAAGUCCAUUUCUAUGGCAGGUUGUGCCACACAAAUUUUCUUCUAUAUAUCAUUACUUGGUUGUGAAUGUUUCCUCUUGUCAGUCAUGGCUUAUGACCGCUAUGUUGCCAUCUGCCACCCACUAAGAUACACCAAUCUCAUGAGCCCCCAAAUUUGUGGACUUCUGACUGCUUCUUCCUGGAUCCUGGGCUCUACUGAUGGGGUCAUUGAUGCUGUAGCUACAUUUUCCUUCUCCUAUUGUGGGUCCCGGGAAAUAGCCCACUUCUUCUGUGAUUUCCCUUUUCUGUUAAGCAUCUCUUGCAGUGAUACAUCAACAUUUGAAGAAGUUCUCUUCUACUGCUGUAUAAUAAUGGUUGUUUUCCCUGUAGCAGUCAUCAUUUUCUCCUAUGCUCGUGUGAUUCUGGCUGUCAUUCACAUGGGUUCUGGAGAGGGUCGCCACAAAGCUUUUGCCACCUGUUCCUCUCAUCUCAUGGUGGUUGGUAUGUACUAUGGAGCAGUUUUGUUUAUAUACAUGCGACCUAUGUCUAAUCGUUCCCCCACCCAGGACAAGAUGGUGUCUAUCUUCUACACCAUCCUCACUCCCACACUGAAUCCACUCAUCUACAGCCUCCGAAACAAGGAAGUGGCCAGAGCAUUCCUGAAGUUUUUUGGGAAGGGCAAGACUAGAGACUAA